AUGGGCACUGAGCUUUACUCUGCGCACUGUCCUCACCCUACUGCUGUCAUGGCUACCCCCAGUGUUCUCACUUUUGACGCUGAGGGCAGAGCCAUCGACUUUGACGUGUGGGUAGACGACCUACUGCUUUUCCUACAGUGCGACAGAGCUGACGGACUCUCUCUCUUUGAUCUCACCUCUGGUGCCUCUCCCGCCCCUGCUGCUACUGAGGAUGCCACUGUUCGCUCCCAGUGGGCCACUCGCGAUGCUGCUGCACGUCUUGCUGUGCGUCGCCACCUCCCCCCUGCUGAGCGUGCGCACUUUGGGUCGUACAAGAGUGCUCAGACCUUGUACGACGCCGUUAUUGCACGCUACUCCACCCCUGCCACUGCUGCACUGAGCCGCCUCAUGCUACCGUACCUCUUUCCCGACCUUGCUGCUUUUGCCACAGUCGCCGACCUCAUUACCCACCUGCGCACUAGUGACGCUCGCUUCCGCGCUGCGCUUCCUGCUGAGUUCUGCGCCAAGAACCCCCCCCCCAAGUACUUCACUCUCUACUACAUUGUCACCCGCCUCCCUGACUCCCUUCGAGGAGUCAGGGACGACUUACUCUCAGUCUGCCCCACCACUCUCACCGUUGAGCUCCUCGAGAAGUCCCUCCUAGCGGCCGAGAAGAGCAUUCUCGCUGUAGGGGCCUCUCGUGGUGACCCGCGCACCCCCAUCUUUGAGGGGUGUUCCCCCUCCCCCCUCCUGCCCUCUGUUGCCUCUGCUGCUACGGCCGACCUAGUUGGUUUUGAGUCGGUCGGUGCGGCGUCAGCCCCCAGUGGGAGACGUCGCUCUGGCAAGAGCAAGGGAGGCAGGGGCGGUGGGGGAGGCGGCGGGGGCGGUGGAGGCGGCGGUGGAGGCAGCGGAGGAGGUGAGGGUGGUAGCGGGAGUGGUGGCGGGAGUGGAGGUGUCAGCGGCGGCAGUGGAGGCGGGGGCGGCAGUGGCGGUGGUGGUGGGGGUGGAGGCGGAGGCGGUGGUGGCGGCAGCGACGGUGGAGGUGGCGGUGGCGGUGGAGGUGGUGGCGGUGGCGGCGGAGGAGGCGGCGGAGGGGGCGGCGGCGGUCGUGGCUCGUCGCGGAGGAGUGGCUCCGGUGGUGGUCAGCCCCAGCAGCAGCAGCGUGGUCAGGAGACUCUCUCCCCGCAGCAGCUCCGUGAGUGGUACGCUGCACGUCAGAGGGGUGGGGGUACUGGUCCGUGCACCUACGUCCUGCGCACUGGCGACCGUGCGGGUGAGCAGUGUGGUGGUCCUCACUCCGUUCACCGCUGCUUCGGCCGCCUGACUGACGCUUGGCGCCGCCAGUUUCCUGACGCCUCUGAGAUCCCUCGCUGGGACCAGCUGUCUAGGGCAGGAGUAGCUAUCUUUGAUCUUGACUUUGAUGCUAUUCUUCGUGCCAUGUGCUGGUGA